UACUUAUAAACGCUUUAGUGUCGGUCAACUGCUGUGCUAAUUUGUUAAAAAUAACUUUAGUUUAAUAAAAAAAUCGUAUAAUGUCUGGUAUAAAUAUUGUUGACGGCGGUGGUGGUGUGCACGUAGUCGAAGGAGAUGGUUUCGGAGGAGGAGUUAACGUGGUCGGUGGAGACUACGGCGGCGGCGUGAAUGUGGUUGACGGGGGCUCUGGUGGCGUACAAGUGGUGGACGGGGACUCUGGUGGCGUAAAUGUGGUCGACGGGGACUCUGGUGGCGUACACGUGGUUGACGGGGAUGGCAGUGGCGUUAAUGUUGUAGAAUAAAUAAAUAAGAAAUCUCA